UCGUGGUUUUUUGUGUCACAUAAAAGCAAAGCCUAAUACAGUUUAUCAAGCUGUAGUUUGUAGCUCAGAACUCUGUCCUCCGCCCCAUAGCCCAAGGAUCCCAGGAUGUUGCACAGCAGUUACAACCGGGCACCGCGACGCAAACUCAUCCCGAAUCUUUUCAGCAACAUCCUGCAGGUGAUCGCCGAGGCCGACCAUCCACUAACCGAGCCCGAGAUCGUGGAGGCCGUAUCCGAUCGAUUGGACCGCAGCGAUGAGGAGCUCAAGCGCCAGAUCACGGUAAGCCUCCACGAUGCCCUAAUCUACGGCUACCUGCGGGUGAAGAACUAUCGCUACUCGAUAGUUCCCAGUCGCCUGGACCCCGAUGAUCAUCCCCACCAUCCGGAGAGCUUAUCGAUCGCCGCCACCGCGGAACACCACCGAGCGCAGGAGAGGAUCUCGAGUGGAACCAGUGGCCAAAAUCGGGAUCGGGAGCGGUAUCACAAUCAACAAUCCACAUCCAACAACCAUCAGGAGGGACUAAUGAGCAGGUCAGCGGAGCAGGCCAUCAAAAGGGUGACGGCGGAGCCGGAAAAGCCAAUAAAUUGAUAAAAACAAAUUUUAAAUGUAUCGAAAAAUAUACCAUUAUCAACUAAAA